UUGGAACUAAAAUGGUGUCAUCUUUCACCCAAACAACUUCCUGCUGCGCAUGAGCAAGAUCAGCUGACUAUUUUGCUCUAGGAUUGCAGUCUCUGCGUUAGCUUGCUGAGGAAGUUGAAGGAAUUCUCCGUCAUUCAUUGAAAAGACAUACAUGAUGGAUCCAUCUAAGCUACCACUAAUUCGUGAUGAGGAACGGGAGAGCCUGUUUGGAUAUGUGCACGGCGUUUCCGGACCUGUGGUGACAGCGUCCAGCAUGGCAGGGUCUGCUAUGUAUGAACUGGUUCGUGUGGGGCACAGUGAGCUGGUAGGAGAAAUCAUCCGUCUGGAGGGGGACAUGGCCACCAUCCAAGUAUACGAGGAGACCUCGGGGGUGUCAGUGGGGGACCCUGUCCUGCGUACAGGAAAGCCCCUCUCUGUAGAGCUCGGACCUGGGAUCAUGGGAUCCAUCUUUGACGGUAUUCAGCGCCCGCUGAAGGACAUCAACGACCUCACAAAUAGCAUCUACAUCCCCCGAGGUGUCAACAUUGGGGCCCUCAACCGGGACCUUAAGUGGGAUUUUGCCCCCUGCAAGAACCUGCGGGUGGGCAGUCACAUUACUGGGGGAGAUAUCUAUGGUAUGGUUAAUGAGAAUUCUCUCAUUAAACACAAGCUCAUGCUGCCGCCACGAAACAGGGGAACCGUGACCUAUGUGGCUCCACCGGGGAACUAUGACAUUUCGGACGUGGUGCUGGAGCUGGAAUUUGAGGGUGUGAAGGAGAAAUUCACCAUGGUCCAAGUGUGGCCUGUACGACAAGUGAGGCCAGUCACUGAGAAGCUGCCAGCCAAUCACCCCCUGUUGACUGGUCAGAGAGUGCUGGAUGCACUCUUUCCGUGUGUCCAGGGUGGGACCACCGCCAUCCCGGGGGCCUUCGGAUGUGGUAAGACUGUGAUCUCGCAGUCCCUCUCCAAAUACUCCAACAGUGAUGUCAUCAUCUAUGUUGGCUGUGGAGAGCGUGGAAACGAGAUGUCUGAAGUCCUGCGAGAUUUCCCUGAGCUGACAAUGGAGGUGGACGGCAAGGUUGAGAGCAUCAUGAAGAGAACAGCCCUGGUAGCCAACACCUCAAACAUGCCUGUGGCUGCCCGAGAGGCCUCCAUCUACACAGGGAUCACCCUGUCCGAGUACUUCAGGGACAUGGGCUACAAUGUUAGCAUGAUGGCGGACUCGACCUCGCGAUGGGCGGAGGCGCUCAGGGAGAUUUCCGGAAGAUUAGCGGAGAUGCCAGCUGAUAGCGGGUAUCCUGCUUACCUGGGCGCCCGCCUGGCCUCUUUCUACGAGCGUGCUGGGCGAGUCAAGUGCCUGGGCAACCCAGAGAGAGAGGGCAGCGUCAGCAUUGUGGGGGCUGUAUCGCCCCCUGGUGGUGACUUCUCAGACCCUGUGACAUCAGCCACUCUUGGAAUUGUGCAGGUAUUUUGGGGUUUAGAUAAGAAGCUGGCUCAGCGUAAGCACUUUCCCUCGGUGAACUGGCUGAUCAGCUACAGCAAGUACACGCGCGCGUUGGACGAGUACUACGACAAGCACUUCCCCGAAUUUGUGCCGCUGCGCACCAAAGCCAAGGAGAUCCUACAGGAGGAGGAGGACCUGGCUGAGAUUGUGCAGCUCGUUGGCAAGGCAUCACUUGCCGAGACAGACAAAAUCACCUUGGAAGUUGCCAAGCUGAUCAAGGAUGACUUCCUGCAGCAGAAUGGUUACACUCCCUAUGACAGGUUCUGUCCUUUCUACAAGACGGUGGGCAUCCUGUCCAACAUGAUCUCCUUCUACGACAUGGCGCGGCACGCGGUGGAGACCACCGCGCAGAGCGACAACAAGAUCACCUGGGCCAUGAUCCGCGAGCACAUGGGCGAGAUCCUCUACAAAAUCAGCUCCAUGAAGUUCAAGGACCCUGUGAAGGAGGGUGAGGCCAAGAUUAAAGCAGACUACGCCCAGCUCCUGGAGGACAUGCAGAACGCUUUCCGCAGCCUGGAGGACUAAGCUCUGACCUUUGACCUCUGGCCCUACUGUAGUAUAGUGCAGUGUUGCAGCCCCCCCUCACCACUCCAACUUUUCAUGUGUCUUUCCAUGUUCUGCAAUAUUACAGAACUACAGAACCACAUUCCUACUCUGUUUUUUGUUGUGAUGUGUAUGGUGAUUAUUGAGGUACUUGUAUGACCCUGACUCUUUUCCUUCCUGUAUGUUUUGCUGAGUCUUUGGGGGGACUUGUGACUGCUCAAUCUCCCAAUGAGGGGGUUAAGGGAAAGACUAGUGCACAAAGGAAAAAGCCCCCUACACUGAUCCUUCCAGAGCCCAUGCUGUAGAGGCCAGGAAUUUGGUUUUCAACCUUCUUUAAAAAAACCUGGAACAGCAGUUAGAAUCAUGGGACACAGAGCCAUUCUCUAUUUAUUCCAGACAGACGAGAGGCAUAGCUGUAUUUUGAAUGUGUUCUGCUGUAUUUUGAAUUUGUUCUGCUUAAUUAUCAUGUAUGUCCUCUGUUUCGUACCAACUUGUGACGUGUUUGAAAACCAGACAAUAAAACCAAGAGGUCACUCUUG